CGCAACACUCGCAUAAAUACUCCCAAUGUCGCGUACCAUUCCCGCAGCGAAGAGAAGGCGUCUGUCGCCGCCCGAAGACGACGGCGGCGCCGUCCAGCCGGCCCAAAACAAGAAGGCUAGCUACCUCGCCAAUGCAGCCAAAUGGGACCUCGAACAGGACUACGAGCAACGGCCGCGAAAGCAGAAGAAGCAAAAAGAGGCUGCCAAACUGCCUGUAAGGACGACGGAAGGAUGGCAGACCCAGCCCGCAGCGGACGGUGCGCAGGAGGAAGAAGAUUCGGACAGCUUUCUAGGCUCGGGCAGCGAGGCCGAAGAGGAGGAGGAACCAGUGGUGGAGGAACCCAAGGUGUCGCCAAAGCAGCAGAUUCUCGAGGCGAAAGAGGAAGUUGCGCGAAUAGCCACCCUCGUCAAUGAAGACCCCGAAGAGCACAUUGGCGCGCUCAAGACACUGGCCGCCCUUGCGGCAUCCAAGAACACCACCGUCCGGAAGUUGACGCUGGUCGCGCAGACGGCCAUCUUCAAAGACUUGAUUCCUGGCUAUCGUAUACGGCCGCUCUCUGAAGAAAACAUGACGGAUAAAGUUUCCAAGGAGGUUCGAAAACUUCGCGCAUUCGAGCAGAAGCUUGUUGCGGGAUACCAGGCAUAUGUGCAGGAUUUGGCCAAGGCGGCAAAGAGGAGUGGUGGCGACGCCGCUGCUGCAAGCGUUGCUACAGUUGCCAUCACUUGCGCAUGCAGCAUGCUGCUGGCCGUACCACAUUUCAACUUUCGGGGAGACCUGCUUGGCAUCAUUAUCGGCAAACUUAGCACGCGAAAUCCAGACGCAGAUUUCGUUAAAUGCCGGACCACGCUAGAGAAGCUUUUUGAGGAAGACGAAGAAGGAAACGUUUCACUGGAUGCCGUCACCAUGUUGACGAAGAUGAUGAAGAGUAGGAAUUACCACUUUGACGAAAGCGUUCUCAAUACCUUUCUUCACCUGCGCCUGCUCUCCGAGUUUUCCCAGAAAGCUUCAUACAACCGCGUUGACAAGGAGGAACCUGAACGAAUCAAUGGCAAGAAGAUUAAACAACAGCGCGAGUUCCGAACGAAGAAGCUCAGGAAGCAGCUGAAAGAGAACAAGAAAAUUGAGAAAGAAUUCAAACAGGCAGACGCUGCAGUAGGUCACGAAGAGCGCGAUAGAAUGCAGGCAGAGACGCUGAAGAUGGUCUUUGUCGCCUACUUUAGGAUCCUGAAGGCGCGAUCCGGGAAGCUUAUGGGUGCCGUGCUCGAGGGUCUCGCGAAGUACGCGCAUCUUAUCAACCAGGACUUCUUUGGUGACAUUCUUGAAGCUUUGCGCGACAUCAUCAGCACAGCAGAAGUUUCGGCGGCUGCGCAAAUAGACGAUGAUGAGGAGGAAGAGGAAGAGGAAGAUGACGAGAACGAAGCACCGGAUCGGAACCUCACACGCGAGUCCCUUCUCUGCGUCAUCACAGCUUUUGCUCUGUUGCAAGGUCAAGAUGUUACCAAAUCUGCAUCGGGACUGAAGUUGGACCUCAGCUUUUUCAUCACACAUCUGUAUCGCACACUCCACGCAGUAUCGGUUAACCCCGACAUCGAGUUAAGUGCAAAGUCGCUGCAUCUCGCUGAUCCGCAUUCCGCGGAGGCACAACCACAAGCCGAGGCGACGAACAAGAUCAAUGUCCAGACCACCAUAGUCCUGCUCAUCCGGUCUCUAUCAUCUAUUCUUCUACCAGCAACAGCGAUACGGGCCGUGCCACCGAACCGAGUUGCUGCUUUCUGCAAGCAGUUGAUGACAAUAUCCCUGCAGCUACCCGAGAAGUCGUGCACAGCAAUGCUCGGACUGCUAACCCAAGUCACAAAAGCGCACGGUCGCAAAGUCAAUGCGCUAUGGAUAACGGAAGAACGCCGCGGAGACGGUGUGUUCGAUGCGCUCAAGCCCGAGAUCGAAGGCAGCAACCCGUUCGCGGGCACAGUUUGGGAGGGCGAGAUUUUACGAAUGCAUUUCAGCCCGACAAUACGGGAAGCGGUUGUCGGUAUCGAGAAGAACGUCAUGGAGUCGAGAUAGCAUAUAUCACCAGCUGAGCGUAAUCUAUGCCUUUUGAGGCGGACAAUACAACCCUGCCGCAGCGCAAGGCUAUGGCUUCCAACUUAAUUCUGGCCCCAGAUCUCUUGGCGAUCUGAGCCUACACUAUGUGAACGAUACAGCCAAGCAAAUUCCUUAGCGUACACCGUACACUCGCAC